GUAAUAUGGCGGGACAUUUAUAUAUUUAGAAGACAGGUUCAGAGUUGUUUUGUUAAUGAACUGAUGCAAAUCGGAGAAAAAAAGAUAGACAUUGAAAGUAACAAUGGAAAACAGAGGUUGUAUGGAUAAUCGUGAAAAAUGGUACGGAGACGCACAGGAAUUUUGGAAAAAUGUUUCCCCAACAGUUGAUGGCAUGCUUGGAGGACACGCUUACAUCAGUCCUGUCGAUAUAAAGGGAUCAACAGAGUUCUUAAAGGAAUUUUUUGAGGAAAACAAUGGAUUUUUAAAAGACAACUAUGCAUUAGAUUGUGGUGCUGGCAUUGGUCGGGUGACAAAACAUCUUCUUUUGCCAUUGUUUAAGAAAGUUGAUAUGGUAGAACAAGAUAAAAGUUUUGUUGAGAAGUCAAAUGUAUUUUUGGGUGAAGAAAAUUCCAGCAGAAUAGGAGAAAGAUUUUGUUGUGGAUUACAGGAGUUUGUUCCACCAAGUCAACGCUAUAACUUGAUAUGGAUACAAUGGGUGUUGCUUUAUUUAACUGAUGAUGAUUUGGUGGAAUUUUUAUUAAAAUGUCAAAAUGCUUUGUUGCCAAAUGGUCUUAUUUGCCUGAAAGAGAACAUUUUGUUGAAGCGUUCACUGACCGAUAAAGAAGACAGUAGUAUUACAAGGACAGAUAAAAGGUUGAAGAAACUUAUCACAAAAGCUGGUCUUACUGUAGUGAAACAAUCUAUUCAAACAGGCUUUCCUGCUGGACUUUUGAAAGUAAAAAUGUAUGCAUUGCGUAAAUGAAAAGAAAAAAAUUCAAUUUAUUAUGAGGAUGAGAAGGAAAGAACUAAACAUGUAUGUCAAAUGUUAACAUUUUUAUUUGAACUUGGAAAUCUUUAAUUUCGUAAAUAAUUAAUGCUAGUCAUGUUGUGAUGAAAACAACAGUUUCAUGAGUUCUCUAACAACUAAAACAUUAACACUGUUACCAAGCAGGCGAUAUCUUUGCUUUCGUGUUAUAUGAGAAGGAAAUUCUACAACAAUGACAAAAAAUGAUUUUCAACAACAGAAAAAAUGAAAUUAAAAUCUUUGUUAGUGGAUGUUAGUUACCAAA